GUUGGACAUGGGUUUGCACAGCGACAUCCGAAAAGUCCUCCGCCAAGGCUUACCGAAGGCGGACCAGCGGCACACGAUGAUCUUCGGGUCUGCGAGCGACAGGCUCCAUGACUUGAAGGGGGAACUUCUCUUCAUUCCGGUGUCCUCCUCUGUUUCGGGGCCGUUGACCAUUGAAGCGAAAGAGUGUGGCCGUCGCAUCCAGCAUUCCUGGGAAGUGGUCCGAUGGGAGGAGAAAUUGGAGAAGCUGGUAUCCGUGGUGAAAGACUUCCUGCGGAGGUCGCGAUGGAAGCAGCAAGUCGUAGUGUUCGCUCACAGUGUGAUGCACGUCCGGGCCAUCGAGGCCUAUGUCGAUGGGGACUCUUGGCUCGAGGGCGUGCACGGAAGCGAUAGCGAUGCACAAGUGGCAGCCAAGCAUCAAGAGAAAUGGUCGUCCUUCAGCAAGGCGGAGAAGUUGGUUGUCGCCUGCACCGAGAAGGGCGCGAAGCGCAAGGACAUCUCUUUCGCCACGUGCAUCGUCAACUUUGACAUUCCGAGGGACGUCGAGAAGCUGAUCAAACGCUUUGGCCAAGGCAACAGCCGCUUGGGUCCAAGCACAGAGAUCGUGACCUUCGUGUCCCAGGAGAACUUUGCAGAGGAUCGUGCCGAGAGCACCCACGAGGUCCUGGAUGAACUCGCGCGAGGCUUCGAGAGCCCGGUCCCGCCGGAGAUUCUCAGCCUUGCAUCUGCGUCAUCCACGUGGACUCCGGCAAGGGAGGAGCCAACCUGGCCUCAGACGACGACGCAGGCCUGGGAUUCUGCGUCAUCUUGGCGCAGGGAUGACUGGUACGAGGACUCCUCGUGGCAGGACAACUCCUGGAAGGACGACGCGAACGGAAAGUGGUAUGCCGACACUAACAAAGGAGACACAUGGCAAAACCAGCCGCAGUGGACGCAGGAGCGAGCUGACUGCAACUCUUGGCAAGACAGUGGGCAGUCAUGGAACAGGUCCGACCCGUGGAAGCCAGCCUGGCAGUGA